ACAAAUCGAGUACCUCAAUCCACUUACAAACUCAUGGCCAGCCGAGCAGCUUGUUUUCUCAUCCUCCAAUUUAUUAGGUUAUUUCUGUUACAGUCUUGCAUGUUUAACGUUGCUAAUGCUGCAAUUCUCAACGUUACAACUGAUCAAUCUGCUCUUUUGGCCUUGAAAGAUCAUAUUUAUGAUCCUCAUCAUAUUUUAAUAAACAACUGGUCCACCUCCACUUCUGUUUGCAAUUGGGUCGGUGUCACAUGUGGUUCUAAACAUCUUCGAGUCAAAACUUUAAACCUUUCCUACAUGGGCCUUGUGGGUACCAUUCCUCCACACAUCGGAAACCUUUCGUUCCUUGUUAGGAUAAGCUUUGGAAACAAUAGCUUCCAUGGCUCAAUCCCAAAUGAGUUGUCGCGUCUUCAUCGGUUGGAAUACUUAGACUUCUCAUACAACGAAUUCAGUGGAGAAAUCCCAUCUCGGUUAGGGUCUCUAACAAAACUUCAAUAUUUGAGUCUAUAUGGUAACAAUUUUGAAGGUACUAUUCCAUCAUCUCUAUCCAACAUAACUUCGUUGCAACGGUUUUAUCUUUCAUAUAACCAACUUUCAGGAUCCAUACCUUCCUCUAUAUUCAACAUAUUUGGCUUGCAAAUAAUUCUUCUCGCAGAAAACAAACUUACGGGUCCGAUGCCAUCCAUCUUGGUCAACAUGUCUUCGUUGCAAAUCAUUGAUCUAAGCUUUAACAUGUUGGUUGGUACACUACCAAUGAACAUCUUUGAUCAUCUUCCUAACUUACAAUAUAUCUCUUUGAGUAACAAUCAACUUCAAGGUCAACUUCCGUCCACUUUGUACAAGUGUAAGCAGUUACAAGUUCUAUCCCUUUCCGUGAAUCAUUUCAAUGGAAGGAUAUCUCCGGAAAUAGGAAACUUAACCAUGCUUACAGAGUUACGUCUUAGCGAGAACAACUUGGAAGGUUCAAUACCAAGUGAAAUUGGUAACCUCCAGAAUCUAGAGUUGAUUAGCAUCGGAAUUAAUGGUUUUGUUGGUCCAAUUCCAUUCAAGAUCUUCAAUAUCUCAACGAUUCAAACUAUUUAUAUGGCGCACAGUAAAUUUUCAGGUCAUCUUCCAUCAGAUAUGGGCUUCUACCUUCCAAAGCUCAAACAACUUAGCCUUUGGGGAAAUAAAUUGAGCGGAAUAAUUCCCAGUUCCAUCUCCAAUGCUUCACAGCUCACUCUCCUAGACUUGAAUGGUAACUCAUUGUCGGGAAUAAUUCCAGAAGCACUUGGUAAUUUAAGGCUCCUCCAGUGGCUCGGCCUAGAAAUUAAUAAUUUGACCAUGGGAAUUCAAGAAUUGAAUCCUUUCUCUUUCUUGUCAAAUUGCAAAGAUCUUAGAUUUCUAGCUUUUGCAUUCAAUCCCCUUCACGACUUCCUUCCCAAUUCCAUUGGUAACCUUUCUCUCUCUCUUGAAAGACUUUACCUAUCUUCUUGCCAUAUUAAGGGAAGCAUUCCGGCAGAGCUUGGGAAUCUAAGUAGUUUGAUUAUUUUGGAACUAUCCAACAACAAAUUGAAAGGACCUAUUCCAACUACAUUAGGAAGAUUGCACAUGCUACAAUCUUUGUCCCUUCAAGCUAAUAAACUAGAAGGUCAUAUCCUGUCUGAUCUUUGUCAUCUAAAGGGUUUGUAUUACUUGUCUAUAGAUAACAAUAAGCUUUCUGGACAUAUUCCAACAUGCAUAAGCAAUCUAACUUUCCUAAGGUAUCUCUACUUAGGUUUCAACCAAUUAACAUCCAUGAUUCCUUUGAGCUUGUGGAGCCUUACAAAUCUCUUGGAAGUCGACCUGUCAUCCAAUUCAUUAACUGGCCUUCUUUCAUUUGAGAUUGGAGAUAUGAAAGUGCUGAGGGUAAUGAAUCUAUCAAGAAAUCAACUAUCAGGGGAUAUUCCAACAACAAUUGGUGGCCUCAUAGAUCUAACUAAUCUCUCGUUAGCAGUCAAUCAACUAGAAGGUUCAAUUCCAGAGUCUUUCGGUGAACUAUUAAGCUUGGAGAUUUUAGAUCUUUCCUGUAACAAUUUAUCUGGAAGGAUUCCCAAAUCCUUAGAAGCACUUUUAUACCUCAAGUAUCUAAAUGUCUCUUUCAAUAAUCUACGAGGGAAAAUUCCAACAGGAGGACCAUUUGUACACUUCUGGCCUGCUUCAUUUAUCUCAAAUGAUGCGCUUUGUGGUGCACCCCGUUUACAAGUUCCCCCAUGCAAAGAAGAUUCUCCUAAAAACAAAAAGGUCAAAGUAUCGCACUUAAUGAAGUAUCUGUUACCAGCAAUUGGGUUAGCGAUGCUUGUAGUGAUCCUUUCUUUAGCCUAUAAAAUAUGCAAAACAAAGAAUCCUGGAUUACCACUACAGGCAGACUUGUACAAUUUAACUACAUGGAGAAGAAUUUCUCACCAAGAACUUCUACUAGCAACAGAAAGGUUCAACUCAAGCAACUUACUUGGUGAAGGAAGUUUUGGAUCAGUAUACAAGGGAACACUUUCAGAUGGGAUGAAUAUUGCAGUAAAAGUUCUAAACUUGCAAGUAGAAGGGGCAUUUAAGUGUUUUGAUGCAGAGUGCGAGGUACUGCGAAAUGCUCGUCAUCGCAAUUUGGUCAAAGUCAUUAGCAUUUGUAGCAACGUCGACUUCAAAGCCCUUGUAUUGGAAUACAUGCCAAAUGAGAACUUAGAGAAGUGGUUAUACUCUCAUGAUCGUUGUUUGAAUUUCUUACAAAGGCUGAAUAUAAUGAUUGAUGUUGCAUCAGCGUUGGAAUACCUUCAUUAUGGUUUCUCAGCAGUUAUUGUUCAUUGUGAUUUGAAGCCGAGCAACGUCCUAUUAGAUGUGGAUAUGGUUGCACAUGUUGCUGAUUUUGGCAUGGCCAAACUCUUAGGUGAUGAGAAUUCUAUGAUGCAGACCAUGACUCUUGCAACUUUGGGGUAUAUGGCACCAGAGUAUGGAUUAGGAGGCGUUGUUUCUACAAAAGGGGAUGUGUAUAGUUAUGGCAUUCUACUCAUUGAGACUUUUACAAGAAAAAGACCUACAGAUGACAUGUUUGCAGGAGAAAUGAGCUUGACGCGCUGGGUAAAUGAAGCAUUGCCCAUUUCAACGAUUGAUAUUGUUGAUGCUAGUUUGUUGGGAAAUGAAAGAUAUCAUGUUGCCUUGGAGGAGUGCAUAUCUUCAAUUAUGAGAUUGGCUUUAGAUUGUUGUGCAGAGUUGCCUGACCAAAGAACUAACAUGAAAAUUGUUCUAGCCACUCUAAAGAAGAUUAAAACAAAGUCUUUACGAGAUGCUGAAGGAUACUGACAUGGGCCUUGUGUUUGUUUAAAUGUUUUCAUUAUAUGUCUUUCCUAAUGAUAAAACGGUAUUGAGAUUGUGAAAAAGAGACAGCUUGUACUAUUUUUUUUUUUUAUAGAAAACAAACUUCAUUAACAUAUAUCAACCUUACAACUAUCUCUCAAUCCAAAGGACAUGAGAAAUUACAUCAGCGAAAGAUCCCCACCACAAACUAAUGUGAUUGACAUUCCAAGCAAGUCUUGCAAGCCUAUGCGUAGCUUCAUUACACAUUCUUCCUACAUGUCGAACUUCACAGCUGCUAAACCUUGCCAUCAACUUCUUUCAUCCUUUAUGACAUUGCCUAACAUAGAAAUGGAUGGCUCAGGCUGUUGCAGCUCCUUUACCAUGACCAAUUCCUAGUAAGUGUUUGCCUGAAGUAGAUAAUGAGAGAUAUUACCUAAUGAGAAGUAAUUGACGUAGCUUUUUGGUUUGUCUCAUGUGGCCUAUUUCAGAUGAGUGAUGGUUGAGGGAGUUUUGAAACUUGUGGUAUGAAGUGCCCAUAGCUGUUUGUAAAGCCCUUUUUGGAAGAGACUUCCCAUGUUGAAGUGAUUGUUGAUGCACAUUGAAACAAAAGUCAAAGUUAUUAUUAGAACUAUGGUGGAAGGGAUUUGAGUUUUGUUUGGAAUGUAGGAGUGGGUUUGAGCUAGGUGGUUAAUUGAGUUGAUUGGGAGAGUAGCGUGGGUUAUAUAUUGGUCUGUUUGGAGGGAUGUGUGGGCUGUAUUUAUGUUGGAAUGCCCAUCGGAGCAUUACAAGAGUAGGGCAAGAACUCUCUUGGAGAGUGUUGCAAUGUUUAUCAAUGAAAGAAUGCGAUUAGGCCAAAAAAAAAAAAGAA